AUCCAGCCUCCCAAGUCACCUACCCUCCUGGGCAGGUGACAUCACCUGCUUAUACGAGGCAGGUGACGUCGCUCUCUCGCACCUGCACCUAUCCUCUCAAGGGGACUUCACCUGCCAGGGAAGUCAACUACUCACGUCAGGUGACGACACUUGCCCGGGCUGCCACCUACCCUUCACAGCAGAUUUCACCUACAAGGGAAGUCACCUAUUUGCGCCAGGUGACACCACUUGCGCGUGUUGCCACCUAUCCUUCACAGUCACCUUCACCUACCAGGGAAGUCAACUACUCACGUCAGGUGACGCCACUUGCCCGGGCUGCCACCUACCCUUCACAGCAGACUUCACCUACAAGGGAAGUCACCUAUUUGCGCCAGGUGACACCACUUGCCCGUGUUGCCACCUAUCCUUCAGAGUCACCUUCACCUACAAGAGAGGUCACCUACCCACACCAGGUGACUCCACUUUCCCGAGCUGCCACCUACCCUUCACAGUCACCUUCACCUACAAGAGAGGUCACUUACCCACACCAGGUGACUCCACUUUCCCGAGCUGCCACCUACCCUUCACAGUCACCUUCACCUACCAGGGAAGUCACCUACCCACACCAGGUGACUCCACUUUCCCGACCUGCUACCUACCCUUCACAGUCACCUUCACCUACCAGGGAAGUCACCUACCCACACCAGGUGACUCCACUUUCCCGAGCUGUCACCUACCCUUCACAGUCACCUUCACCUACCAGGGAACUCACCUACUCACGCCAGGUGACGCCACUUGCCCGAGCUGCCACCUACCCUUCACAGUCACCUUCACCUACCAGAGAACUCACCUACUCACGCAAGGUGACACCACUUGCCCGAGCUGCCACCUACCCUUCACAGUCACCUUCACCUACCAGUGAAGUCACCUACCCACGCCAGGUGACACCACUUGCCCGAGCUGCCACCUACCCUUCACAGUCACCUUCACCUACCAGGGAACUCACCUACCCACGCCAGGUGACACCACUUGCCCGAGCUGCCACCUACCCUUCACAGUCACCUUCACCUACCAGGGAACUCACCUACUCACGCCAGGUGACACCACUUCCCCGAGCUGCCACCUACCCUUCACAGUCACCUUCACCUACCAGGGAACUCACCUACCCACGCCAGGUGACACCACUUGCCCGAGCUGCCACCUACCCUUCACAGUCACCUUCACCUACCAGGGAACUCACCUACCCACGCCAGGUGACACCACUUGCCCGAGCUGCCACCUACCCUUCACAGUCACCUUCACCUACCAGGGAACUCACCUACCCACGCCAGGUAACACCACUUACCCGUGCUGCCACCUACCCUUCACAGUCACCUUCCCCUAGCCGCAACACUACCUACCCUCAGGUUCCCAGGACCAACCGCUCACCACACCACCUAGAUCAGGUGACUAUAGUCUCCUGCACAUCCCAGGACUCUGAACAAGCGUCAACAUCAACCUUCAGUAUGAGUAGAAAGUCUAGGAAGCGGUCACCCUCCGCCAAGUUUGUCUAUGAGGCACCUCCAGCACCCCAACACUGUACACAGGUGCUGGCCACCCUUGUUGUGUCACUGGGCCCUCUGUGUGCUGGCCUGGGCAAGGGGUAUUCCUCGCCUGCCUUGGCCUCUAUGGCCAUGCUGUCUGCUCAGGGCCACCAUUUCUCCAUCAGUGAGGACCAGGGGUCAUGGAUAGCCUCCUUGUCACUGCUGGGGGCAUUCUUCGGGGCCGUGCCGGGGGGCAUGGCUAUCAGGUUUGGGAGGAAGAAAGUGCUAUGUGCUGUGGCUAUACCCUUUGCCCUGUCGUGGCUGCUAACGGUGGUAGCGUGGAACGUUAGCAUGUUGUAUGUGGCAGCGCUGAUGGGUGGUGUGUGCUCGGCUGUCAUCGCUGUUGUCACGCCUGUCUACAUCAGCGAAAUCGCUCACCCGGAGAUCCGGGGCUGUUUGUGUGCCUUAGCCAAGCUGAGUAGUAACAUUGGUAUGUUGCUUUCCUAUCUGCUAGGAGCGUUUCUCAACUGGAGGGAACUGGCGACAGUUACUGCAGUGGCUCCAGUGUGCUUGUUCCUAGCAGCCUUGUUCAUCCCAGAGACGCCAAGCUUUCUGUUAUAUAGUGGUCGUGACUCCGAAGCUGCCGAUGCGCUGAGAUGGCUACGUGGAUCUGAAACCGACGUUGCUCGGGAGUUAACGACCAUGAAGGCAAAUAUCGCUACUCUGCGCCGUGACACAAUCUCCGGUCGUCAGCGCACGGCGCCGCGGGACCUCCUGCGGCCACUCUUCAUCACCUGCGGCCUCAUGGUCUUCCAGAAAUUCAGUGGAGCCAACGCCUUCAACUUCUAUGCUGUGCCCAUUCUAGCCAAGACCUUCGUGGGCUUGAACCCCUACCGGGCGGCGGUAGUGGUGGCCUUCGUGCAGAUCUGCGCGGGAAUGGCAUCCUCAGCUCUGAUUGACACAGUUGGGCGUCGUCCCCUCCUGGUCUUCAGCAACAUGCUCAUGUCUGCUGCUCUAGCAGCCUUCGGAGGCUACAUGUACAUGAAGGGACUCGACAAGGAUGAGAACAUCCUCGCUCGCCAGCAGUGGAAAGACUCAGAUUGGGUUCCUCUCUUCUGUAUCCUCGUUAUUGAAAUAGCUUUUGCUCUUGGUGUUUCACCAAUCAGUUGGCUCUACAUCGGGGAGCUCUUCCCACUAAAGCACCGAGGGCUGGGCUCCUUAGCAGCAUCCGUCAGCUACGCUUGCUCCUUCGUCAGCGUCAAGACCUUCGUCGAUCUGGAGUUCUUCCUGGGUUUAUAUGGAGCCUUCUGGCUGUACUCCAGCGUCGCGGCUCUAGCUCUGGUCUUCACUCUUAUAUUCGUACCUGAGACUAAAGGAAAGAGCCUUCAAGAGAUGCAGAGUGUAGAUCAUCAGAAGGAAACCCUGAUAUAGCAGCCAGCCCGCCCACUAGCACCGCUGCGGCCACCCACCGUCCACUGGGAGAUGCCCCCUGGACAGCGACCCUACAGGGAGAUUCUUCUGUAGGUGCUGCUGUAGGAACCAGAGCCCUGGCCCUGCGGCACUGCCCUGUCUUCCCAAAACUGGUGGCUAGCCACCCAACCUGCGGCGCCGCAGGAAACCAGGAGCCACAAGGGCCGCAGCUUUGCUAGAGGGCGGCUAACAGCCUUGUUACACCUGUCUUAUGAACAGUAUCUUCACUAGUGGAAAUUUGUGAGAGUUCACGAGAGUAUUGCAGUGUCCAAGGUCAACAAUGUGUUGAACAGACACAACACUGAUCAUAAGAGCAGGCUCAGACGUGAUUCGUGCUCAUAACAGGUUCAAACCAUGUUCUUCCGUGUUUUGGAAAAGACUUAUGUGGGGUCCCCGACUUACGAACGCCCUAAGGUACACACACACACAACUCCACUUACGAACAGGGUACUUGUUACCCAAUGGAAUUUUUACAGCCACCAAAUGAAAGAAGUACCAACACUUUGUACUGUUUGUAAUGUAGAUACCUUGUUUGUAAGUCGAAACACCAGCAAUACAGCCUGUUCGUAAGUCGAAACACCAGCAAUACAGCCUGUUCGUAAGUCGAAAUACCAGCAAUACAAGUUAUAUCUUAACUAAAACACCAGGAACACAAACUAUUUGUGCUCCCAGGAUUCUGGAAGUCUGAAACACCACGAACGCGUUGCGUUCUCAAGUCGAAACACCCACCUCCCCCCUAUCCCCUAAGCUCCACCCGUUCGUAAGUCGGGGACCUGCCCAGAAAAACAAAACUUGCACCAAUUUGAUAAUUUUCUGUGAUGUGUGGCAACCAAUGCUUCCUAUCACCCACCCAAACGGACACACCAGAAGUGUUCAACACUCCCUUGAACACCAUAGCAAGAGUGUGCUAACCAGCCUUAAAACCGAUUGUACAUAUUAAACCACUUAGAGAUAGUCCAGUAAUCAGGGUUCAUCUAUUUCCCCUUCACCUAUCUAUCACCAUAGUUGCCAGUCUAUCGCUGCUAGGUCUAUCGUCUAUUCUCGCUAGUUCUGAUAGAUGCGCAUGGUAUUCACCCAUUUGCUGAUGGGGGAUUAGAAGUGGAACUUGUGAUCGAAUUCUCAGCUAUUCUUCAGAGUCUGAAAUUAAUUCUGAAGGAAUCUUCUCUUAGAAAAUAAUUAUAGGAAUUAGUGAAGUAGCUAGCUAAUUCCUUCACUAACUCUUCACUAAUUCCCUCACUAAUGCUUAAUUCUUCCACUAACUCAUCCACUAAUUCUUCCACUGAUUCAUUUGCUAAUUCCUCCACUAAUUCCCAGUUUGUUCUUCUCUUGUUCUCUAAGGAGAAUUUUCUAGGUUCUACAGUUGGAUUAAUAAAUUCUGACCUAUUAAGACUUUCUUAGUAUUAACUUGAAGUAUUUAAAGACUCAUUUUAGGCAUCAUCAAAAAAUGCUAGAAUUUUUAGUAGUACAUUUACAUUUUAAGGUAUUUAUUUUAGGCUUUCUUAAGAAAUACUAGCAUUUUUACCAUUAAAUUCCUGUGUUGAGGCUCCUUUUAGGCUUUAGUAAAAAAUGCUGGAAUUUUUAGCAUUAAAUUCUCAUUUUAAGGUACUUAGGCUUACAAAAGACCUUUCAGAAUUUCUUAGGACGAACUCCUGGGCGUGACUUUUCAUAGGCCUAGGCGUGACGUCUUAUAGGCCUAGGCGUGACGUCUUAUAGGCCUAGGCGUGACGUCUUAUAGGUCUAGGCGUGACGUCUCAUAGGCCUAGGUGUGACGUCUCAUAGGCCUAGGCAUUAGUAACUUCGUAAGGCUUGACUAUAAGGAAGAAUUUAUUACCAGAAUUAAUCUCUAUAAUCCAGCAUUUAUCCUUCAAUUCUAAAAUUCUUAGAGUUACUUAGAGCUGCUUAGAGUUGCUCUAAGUUACUUAGAUUUAGAGUCGCUUAGAACUACUUAGAGUUGAUCUGAGUUACUUAGAGCUACUUAGAGUUGCUUAGAGUUCUAGGUUAUUUAGAUUUAGAGUUACUAAAGAGUUGCUCUAUGUUGCUUAGAACUCUAUAUUACUUAGAGCUGCUUAUAGCUGCUCAAAGUUACAUAAAGUUAGAGUUG